ACAACCUUGUAAAUGUUUAAUUCUCAUUUCACUCAAAUCCUCCCAUAAAAAAAUAAAAAAAAAUGAUGUGCAACACAAGGCUUAGUUUGAGCUUAGGAUUAUCUUCUACCCCUCCUCAUCAAAAUAACAACGAGGAGAAAUUAUCAACUAAUGAUGAUAAUCAAGAAAAAUUAACACUUUGUUUAUCAACAUCAUCAGAGUUCACAAAUAAUUAUGACAACAAUAGGAUUAAUCCUCAAUUAUUAGGAGGAGUUAAUUCAUCAGUUUCUUCAUUUUCUAACACAAGUAGUGUUAAAAGGGAAAGAGAUGCUAGUAGUUUUGAAGAAGUAGUAGAAAAUUUGGAGACCAAAAGAGUUUUAUUAAUUUCUCCAAAGGGAUUAGUUGAUCAUAAUGAUUAUGAUGAAGAUGUUCAUGAUUAUGGUACGAGGAAGAAACUUAGACUUACAAAGGAGCAAUCUGAUGUUUUAGAAGAUAGCUUCAAAGAGCACACUACUCUUAAUUCUAAGCAAAAGCGAGAUUUAGCAAGACGAUUAAGCUUACGUCCUCGACAAGUGGAAGUAUGGUUUCAGAAUAGAAGAGCCAGGACAAAGCUGAAACAAACAGAAGUAGACUGUGAAAUUCUUCGAAAAUGUUAUGAAGAAUUAAAAGACGAAAACAGAAGGCUAAAUAAGGAAAUACAAGAACUGAAAUCUUUGAAAAAGUCACAAUCCUUUCGUGUUCAAUUAUCGGCUGCGACACUUAGCAUGUGCCCGUCGUGCGAGAGGGCUUACGGCGGCAGCGGCAGCGCUGGCGCCACCGACAAUUCAACCAAAAUCUCUUUUUCCAUCGGAGAUCAAAAGCCUCACUUUUAUGGUAUUCCUUCACAAAUCCAUUAAAGGGCUCUAUAAUUAACGACUUAGUGGAUUAAUUAACUAGUUAAUUAUAAUGUAAAGUGAUCGAGGAAUAUAUAUUAUUUCUUUAGUAAUUGUAAUGUAGCAGGUCCUUGCUAUGGAUCCUGCGGAGCUUUAGUGUAACGAGUUGCUAUUUUCUUAAUUGUAAUGUGCGUUACGUUCUCUAUUCAUGUAUAUUCUUUAAAAAAAAAAUGUAGUAUAUGUGGAAAAUAAAAGUUCUAUUCCUAUAA